CUGAAACAGUCAUCCCUGUCCAAGGUACAAGUACAAUCACCAUGCGCUUGGCAAACGAUCGCCCGUUGAGUCCUGAGCCUUCAAAGAUACAACUAGAAAGGGAAAUUGCAGUCUCCCCAUCUUCCUCAAUUUUUGAGAUAAAAAUGGACGGUGAAACGUACGCUAUGAAGCUUUAUCACGAUAAUGGGGACCCUGGAUGGACGGACAAGGGCCGAGACUUGAAUCGAUAUCGCUGUGAGCUAAAAGCUUACAAGAAUCUACUUAAACAUGGCGUGUGUGACAGCGGCUUUGUUCCAUAUUUCUAUGGUCAUAUCGAUUGGCUCGACCCAGCUGCAUUUCAGCCAUUUCUGCGGGAUUUCGUUCGUGAUAAAUUGCACCCUAGUGCAAUUAUCCUUGAGUAUCUUCCAGCCGCUGAAAGCCUGAACUGUGUUAAUUAUUCAGAGUCCCUCUAUAACACGGCCAUCGAAGGUAUGAAGCAGAUACAUAAUGCUCAUGUUCACCACAGGGAUAUCUACCCCAAGAAUAUUCUUCUAGUACCGGGAGGAAGUGACAAGAGACUGGUGUGGGUUGACUUCGAUGUUGCAACGACAUUCAACGACGUUGGACCUGAGGAAGAAAAGUACAGUCGAUAUGAAGAUGAACUUGUCGCCAGCUUCGGCGAAGCCUUGCGGGAGGACCAAAGACAAGGUCUUCCUCCCAAUACAAAAUUCUAUUGAUUGUGGCUUCCGGCGCUUUGGGUGUUUCAUCUCGGUAUUACGAAUUUGCUUUGCUGGUAGUAUAAUAAGAUUUACAGCUUCUGUUCUAAUACUUUCCUCUCACAAAGUCUUCUUCGAACGGCUCGGCAUUGGUCGCCAUUUUCAGCCAUCGGGAAUUCUUACUAGACCAGCAACGCGCAACCCAGCUAUCUAAUACAGCAUCCUAGACAUCUUAGAUAAUGCUUCAUCUGUCCAAUGUUUCCUGGUUUACUCGAAGCAGUGGUAAAGUCCAAAUUUGCGGAAACGGCUGCGGUCUGUUACAUAUUUACUGUAUUGUGAGCUACAAAGAGUCUGCGAAAAGGACGGGGUUAAGCAUGUAUGAAAUCAGAGUUGUUCCUUUGUAUCUAGUUUAGGCCCUAUCAAAUGAUCAC